AGUGCACGCGCGCGGGGGCGCGCCCUGAGCCUGGCGCUGCCUUGACAGCUGCGCGCCGCUCGGCCCUCCCCGCGCUCAGCUCCCGAAGAAGCCCUUGAAUUGUAGCCCCUGCACUGAGCUUUCUGAAGAGAUAUUGAAUAUUUUUAAGCACUUUGGAUUCUCUUUGGGUUCUUUCCCCUCUUCUUAAUUUCCAAUCAACUUUUUUUUGUGUGCAACACGAGAAGUCUCUUCACUUUGCUGAUCUGUAUUUUAUACUUCUAUCCUUUGAUACAUUUAUGAGAAACUUGAAGUCUAUUUGCUUCUUUAAAAUUGUAGCAGUUUGCCAGAGGGGAGUGCUAAGACAAAAAGUUUUUGAGCCCUUCAUUUAAAAACGUACCAUUAAACAAUGGACGGUGUUAUUGCGGUCCAAAGCAAUCAAAAGAAGUCCAGAAUAGCUAUGAAAAAGAGCUUUAGUGAUUGUGCCUUGCUGCCUAUGAAAGUGUGGCUGCAAAGUCAAAAAGAAUUGUGCACAGUCUCUGCAGAAGAGCUGGGAGAGCAAGACAGACUCAGUGAGAUCACAUUUCUGUGUUUUGCUGAUGCGACAGCUAUGGCUCCUGAGGAAUUGGCAGCCACAUUUGCGGAACUCCUGGAUCUUCUGAAAUCACUGCACUUGUGCAGUUUAAACGAAAACGAAGUUAUUUUUCUAAAGGAUAUACAUAAAUCAUUAGAGACUAGUGAUGUUCUUAGUCAACAGAACUGCCCUUCACAAAUACUGUGUGUGAUGAGAUUGCCUCCUUCUGUUCCAAGACUCAGCACUGAUUCUGUGUUUACUUUGCUGAGCAAGUAUACUGCUGGUAUAAGAUGUACUACAGAAACAGAUUCAUUGCAGAAGUAUAUAUCAGACAUACCACCUACUGAGGAUGAUGACACCAAUCAUUCAGUGUCUUCGAUCGAGGAUGAUUUUGUGACUGCUUUAGAGCAUUUAGAUGAAGAUGAGCCUUCAAAGAUAACAAACCCAGACCAAGUCACACCUGAGAAACCCCUCCAAGAUGCAGCUUCACAGACCAUCUUUGCUCCGCACUUAGACUUCACUGAUCCAAAGAGGGUUAUUAAGCCAUCAGCUGCUGUUCUAGUUAACCUCUUGGAACUUAAAGCACUGUCGCCCUCUGUAAGGAGUCCAGUCACAGCCUCCGUUUCUGAUCCCAGGAUGCAGAUGGGUUUUUUCAGACCACAUAAUUCUUCUGAUCAAAGUGUUAACCUUUCACAUAAAACACUCUUUUCCUCCUCGCCUGCUGAAUCAUCAGAGUCAGAAUGCUCCAGCCCAAGCCCAGUUAUUUUCUUAGAUGAAGAAGGUUAUCAAAGAAGCUUAAAGGCAAAGCUUCAGCUACCAAAAAUCCCAGUAAUGAAAGAUGGUAUAGAAGACUCGGACUCCGAAGUCAGUGAAUUUUUUGAUAGUUUUGACCAGUUUGAUGAACAAGAGCAAACUAUACAGAGUGGCUGUCAGCUUGCCAAGGAUCCCAGUGCAGGUCACUUUUCCCAGCAGAAAAUGAUUUCGUGUAAAAAGUCAAGUUCUGCAGCAACUGCAAUGAAUCCCCAGAAGUUCAAAUUGGAUCGCCCCACUCUUCCGGCCAAUGUGAGGAAGCCGACUCCUCGCAAACCAGAAUCUUCACAUAGCAAGAACCUUCUGGAUGUUCCGGAUUCUCCCCGUCCACUGAAAACAUCGGAUGAUAGUGGAGGCUUGUUCAGCCCUGUCAGAUCAUCAGCUUUCAGUCCAUUGAGCAGCUGCUUUUCUCCAGAGUGCCUCUGUCACGUAGGCAUUAGUAGAGAUACCAUUAGCCAGAAUCACAGUUUACUUUACCAUACAUACUCGGAUUUUGCAAAUACUGUUUCCUUUGAAAUUCUAGGUUCUGUCUUUAAUUCUCCGAGUUCAUCACUGUGCAGAUACACUCAAGAGCUUUCCAACCAUAACAAAAUUGUUCCACAAGGAGAAGGAAUUCCUAUUGCAGAAAUCAAAAGAAAUAGGUCUGAAAAAGAGCUCAAUAAGAAAAGGAAAUCUAAACAGAAAGCACUAAUGAUUAAAGACAACAUCCAGAAAUUUGCCUCAGAGCUUGUUGAAAAAAGUUUUGGCAAUGCCUUUAAAGAUCUUCAGAAGAGCGUUUCUUCAUGUACGAAUGUUCUCUGCCACCUGGCUGCCAAGUUAACUUCUUCAGCCUUUCAAAUGGCUUUUUAUGAGAUCGGGAGGCAACAAGCCUUAUCACUGAAACAGAAAGCUAUUAGUGGACUAGCAGGGUUCUUGGUGAGCGAAGCGAUAACGGGCGCUUUAAAAGAACUGCACUCUAUGAAGCAACAAAUAUUUACCAACACAGUUGCAAAAUUUGCAGCUGACCUUGCUGAGGAGCUGGUUUUUGAGGGGAUAAUGGAGGUAUGCCAGUUUUCUCACCCAUCAACACCAACUGCUUCUCAGAACUGGUCCUUCCACUAUGAUGAUAAGGUUGUACAGUCAUAUGCUGAAGACUUAUCUGAGUCAGUUAUUCAGGAAGCUUUCAUUGAGUUGUCUCAAGUUGAUGUGACCUUUACCACCCAAGCAGCAAUUAGUGUUUCUAUGAAUAACAUAAAAUAUGUUAGUUCAGAAAGUAUUUUGGAAUCAACACCGACCUCCAGUGCUUUCACAGAGUUUCAUGAUAAAGUGCCAGUAGCCUUGAAUCCAAUACAGGAAUUCAGAAAGGAAUAUACCGUCCAUACAGCCUUAUUCUACACUUCUGGCAUUGCCAGUUCAGUUCCAGUGCCCUUAGCUGGAAGUGCACUUUGUCAAAACCAGAUUUUAACUGAUAAUGUAAAAACAAGGAACCAUUCAGCAUCAGAUGGCCAGCUGAAAAUGUGUAAAGAAUCAGCACAAUUGAAUUAUCCAACAAGAAAGCGACAAGAUGAAGUGACAUCUUUAAGAGGUAUUUACCUGACAUCAGAUAAUGGUCCAGGUAGUGGAUGUAACACUCACCUUUUAUAUAAGCAAGAUGACUCUAAACAAGCAAAUAAUUCUGAAAUCAGUAACAUUUCUCACCUAGCUCAGAUGCCAACUAUCAGUAACUUUUCUGGAACAAUGGUAGAUAUGAUAGUAACUGAGGCUUAUGAAGCAGUAACUUCUUCAAAGCAGUAUACAGAUAUCUUAAAAACUGAGAAAACGCCGUAUUUGCAGUGCAUUGGUCAAGACACGUGUAGAAAUAUGUUCGGUAAUUAUUUGGCAAAGAGAACAGCAAAAGAGUCUGUAGAUGAAACCAAGUCUCCAUGUUCUGCUACAAGUGAAAAACUAGCAUAUUGUGUAGGAUUAGGAACGAAUAAAGAAAACAAUAAAACGGAAUUGCCAGGCGCAGUUAACCGACCUGACAGAAAGAGCAGCACCCCAGUAAUCGUGGGACAGCGGCAGAUGCCCCUGAGUAGCUCAUCUGAAUUCCACGUAGCUCCAGUUCGCUGCCGCGGGCGUUUGCCUUCAGGGUCUAAAGACUGUGUUCAAGAAAGGAAGUGGCCUGUUGCCUGCAGGUUCUCUACGUGUGCAAGCCCUCCUUGUUCCGUGGCUUUUGUAAAGCAUGCUGAUGAGUUCCCAGAUGCAGAAAGAUAUUCAGCAAAACCUGUAAGUAAUCCACUGGAAAAAUAUGACCUGUGCAAAACAGCAGCCGUCUCUGUGUCUGGUCAUGAAAAUGCUUUUACUCUUGCUUCUGUGAUACCUGACUGUGAAGAUGCACUUCGUAUGGAAGACGGAUCAAAAAUGAGAGAUGGGAGUCUGUGCCUGGUACCGGACACGCCGCCCCCUACGCCUUUAACGCCCUCUCAGGCCUGUUCUGAGUGGAAUUUAAGAAAGCUAACCAAGAAGCUUAAAGGUGAACUAGCAAAACAGUUUGCUCCUGCUACUCCUCCUCCUACACCGUACAGAUCAGAAGUGGAUGGCGUAUAUGAAAAUGAACAUCAUUACUUAGAAAAGGAAGAGUUUAUGCUGAAGCUGAUGCGGUCUCUUUCUGAAGAAGUUGAAAGCAGUGAAGAUGAGUAUUCUGAAACACUGGCUGAAAAAGUUAAAGCAUCAGUAAGGACACUAGCGUACUCGGAUCACCUGGCCACGUGUAUAAUUUCUAUGGCAACUGAAAUGGCUGCUUCACAUUUAGAUAAUGAAACACUUCAAACAAAAAAAAAUCCACUAAAUGUGGAAAGCAAAAGAUGUGGGUCCCUUGCAUGUAUGAAUGUUCCAGAAAAAAAUGUAUGUACAUUGUGGAUUUAUGCAAGUGAUAUGGCUGGCAAGGUCAUUAGUGAAGCAAAGAAAAUAGUAAAAUCAAGACACUACAAACAUUUGAGGUUGAAACAUGUUAAUCAGGCUGACAGUCUAAAUCUUAAGAGAAACUGCAAUGAAUGCUGGUCAAAAGGCAAAAAAUUUCUGUUGGCAGACCAGUGGUCUAAAGAGGCAGAUUCUUCUGUACUGCCUUUAUCCCAGAGCUCAGAAGCUCCCGGCCUGAUAUCAAAAUUUCCAAGCUGUGAAAGUGUAACGGAUGAAUAUGCGGAUCACAUUAUUCAGAUUCUGAAAAGAGAAGGUGGUCACAGUGAACUAAUAAUGGAGCAGUUUGCCAGUAGACUUGCUUACAGAUCUAUAAAAUCUGGUAUGCAGCAAGCUGCCCGUAAACUCAGAAUGAAGUAUAAUAGAAAAGUAGCCCCGGCACAGAAUUUGCAGUUAAACAGUAUGCUUGAUCCAUUUGAGCUAGUGAGCAAGGAUACAAAGAAACAGAAAAGAAAUAAUAUACAUCAUUUUGGAAAACGAGUUUCUGACAGCAAAUACAGCAUAAGUAGAACUGCAUAUCCAAAGUUACUAAAUUUCUCAGAAUCCCUUGCUUGUAGUAUCACCUCUGAUGUCAGAAGAAAAUUAAAAAUGUCAACAGUUUGCUUGCCAAAAUCCUUAACUGAUUCUUGUUUGUAUAAAAAAUCCCAAGUCAGUAAAGUCACAGUCACAGAUGAUCUUAAGACAUUUUCAAAAUCACUGUCUCCUUUCUGUUGCAAACAGAAGUUGUAUCAUAGUACAGGCAGUUUAAAUGAAUGUGCUUACCGAGAGGGCAUUAUUCACGCCAUAGAACAAUAUGCUAGGAAGAUAGUCGAUGACACUUUAGAAGUAAGCAUGGAAUCUGCUACUCUCCAAACUACUGGAAACUGGACUAAUGGUGAAAGAUCAACACAUGCAGAAAAGUUGUCUCCCUUUCCUGCAGCCUCUUGCAGAUACUGUUGUAUGAAAGAGCAUCAGUACUGCACUGGAAGCCCAUCUUUGCACCUCCCUGUACAAGAACUCCAUUCUAAAGGUGGACAGAUUUCAAAUUCAAGGCUAAGCGGCAGCUCUCAAAAACCUCACUUUCUUCACCUUGAUAUUCCUAAAAUUCAUAUUAAUAUGGAUGAAAAGGUAGUAUUUGCUGAAAAUGUGAUUUCUACCACUUUUGACAAAGCAGAGAGGCAGCUUAGCAACACAAGUUUGGCAGCUGAUAGUGGAAUUGGCCACGAUGGGAUCAGCUUUGCAGAAAGUCUCACUACAGAAAUCAUGACUUCCUGUAUGACAAACAUUGGUCAGGCUGCCAACAUAAGCUCUGUUGGAGAAGAGGGGUUUCAUUCUGCUGAAUCCAUAGUCAGCCAGCAAAUAAGUCUCAGCGCAGGUGAUGACAGCACCGGCAGCUGGUCCAAUCUGAGCUUCGAAGAUGAGCAACCUGAUGAAAAUAGCAGUUUUCUCCAUCUCAGUGACAGUCUUGGUAACAGCAGUAGCUGGAGCAGUCUUGGUUUAGAAGGAGAUAUGUAUGAGGAGAAUUUAUCCUUUCCAACAUCUGACAGUGAUGGAACAGAAGAUAAAGAAGAAGAGCUCAAAAAUACCAUUCCAGGUUUGGGAUGCAAAGAAAAAUCAUUGGUGAUCAUAAAUGUUGACAUGCAACCGUGCCUGGUGGAUUCGCAGCUGAGGAUGACACUGCAGUGGCUUUCAGCUUCUGAGGCCGAUGUGGCAGAGCUCCAUUUUCACGAUGCUGUUCCAAAAGAGUUUGUUCUUCUUUCAAAGAGAUUGAGAGAGAGGGGCUGGAAAGUGGGAGACCUCUUCCAAGCAGUGAUGAAGUACUGUGAAGUCAUGGAGAAGGCUACCAAUGGGGAUAGAGUUCCAGAAACCCCAACGCUCUUUGGAUGGCUUCAGGACUACAUCUGAAUACCAAAAGGGAUGUUGUUACUGUGUGGCAGUUUUCUGAAGGGUAUGAUAAUGUGUAUAAUGCGUUCCCCUGAGUGAAUGUACUGUUACCUGCCGUUUGCGAAACAUUGAUGGGAAGCAAAGGUCGCUGUGUUGUCCCGCCCUUUGUAUGUUGUUCACUUGGCCCAUCUUCACCUUGAGCAUCUCUGUUCAGUCUCUUACUUGUGCUGUGUUCAGAACCCUGCGGAGAAUCGCUUCUGUGUCAUGAGCUCGCCCAGGCUCUCAAGCAAGGGCAGAAGUUCUGUCACUUCAAGCCCAGCACGUGGGCUCCUGCCUCUCUUCACUUGUUCCUCUCUCACUUUUCUCGUAUCCUGCCCCAGGAACUGCGCAGUGAAUUUCUGUGGAGCCUUCUAAUGCUGCUUUCUCUAGAACGAGACAAGAGUGUGCGCUGCUUAUUGUAGUUUCUCUGUGUGUGUCUCUGCUGCAUGCAGCCACCCAGAUUUGUAUUUGACAUGUGUUGCCACAGCUCUUUCCGUUGGGUUUUGUAUCCACUAGGAGUUGCCAGCCGGCCUGUCCGUUGCUGGCUAGAGGUUCCCCUUGCCCCCUUGCUUCACUGGGGAACAGGAGAGGGAAGCAGCAGCAGCAGCAGCAGCAGCUGGACUUGCCUGGUGUCAGGAGGAGAGGGGGAAGUUCUUACUGGAAGGCCCCUUGAGAAGGCAGUGUCUUGGCUUGCCACACCUCCCCUCCAACUCAGAGUGACCUUCCGGAAAAUCUGGCUCUCGGCACAAGCAAGUAAAGAUUAAAAACUGCAGCGCGUGUUGAUUGAAGGGCUAUUUGUUUUGAGACGAGCAAAUGCCAUUGUUUGCCCUAGAAAAGGGAUCCCCACAGGCACAGGUGAAUGUCGCUCAAUUGUCUUAGGCCAGAUUCAGAGUAGUGCCCUAAUAUUUUCCAGUAAGCUUCUUUUCAGGCGCCCACAUGGCCUUCCAAAAACGCUGUGACUUUAAAACCAACCAUUUGUCAGGAGCUGAUGGCUCUUGCAGUCCAGCCAAGCAUCACUUUUUGGAGCUGAGGGGGAUUUUCUUGAACACGGCAAAAUCUUUGCUGCCUGUUGAAUAAACCAAAUAUGCUCAAGUAUGAUCGUUAGGUUUCUUAUCCUCAUUAAUAGUCCUGUUGUUAAUCUUACGGAUACUGCCUUGUUGUGACAUACAGAAAACAUUCCCGGGUUUCAGGUCAUUUAGAAGGGCAAAUUGUAGAGAAUCCAGCUUUUCUGUCCAAGCUGUAUUUAUAGAUUGCUGUUCAAAAUGUUUUCAUUUAUUUUAGUUGGGAUUGUAGUCAUAAAAGUAUGUUGCUGUAUGUUUUAUUUGAAAAAAAUGUAGCAAGAAGUUGUCUUCAGUCAGUUCUUUAUGUGUACUUCUUGCCAGUUCCCUGGUUGCUCAUCUUUGAGAGCCUCACAAUGGCAAAAAAUGCUCCCCAGUGGGACCCACACCGUGCUGUUUCAGUGCGCCAUCUCCCUGCCUGUCUUUCCCAUCUGCUGUCACAAACAGGAUUCUAUUUGCACCUUACAGCAAGUUGCAGGCAACAGUCUGGGGCGAAACAACUAGGGCUGCUAAUGUGCUUUGCAGCAGGGCUUCUGUGCUUUUAGCAACUGUGUGACAAGCAGAAAUUCAGUUGAUGGGCAGAGCUGAACCCUACAGAGUUCUUUCCAUCGUGUUCAGGAUCCUUGACAGAGAAAGAUGGAGACACUGAAGGUUCGUUGUUGCAGCUUAUAAAAUGAUAGGCAGGAUAUCUGGGUUGGGACCUGGCAACCCUAUUUGAGCUAAGUAGCAGCACUGCAGAGUAGGAAAUGUGUGUAUAGUACAAUAGUUUUACAACAGUGUGGCUUCGUAGAUACUGCUGCAAUGCUCAUUAGGGUAUUCCAACACGACAUGAGGAAUGUUCUUCUACACUGAAAAUAAUAUACACGUACACACGUUUUUGGAGAGUUGGGACCAGGGACCAGUGUGAUAUAAGCAUCUUGCCUCGGUGCGUCUUGCUGCAGAAUGCUGUGUUUGUACUACUUGCACUGUUUCAGAAAGAACUCUUUAGCGGACCUUUUGGAGUUCUAAAAUGCUAGAAUGUUUUGGUAUCUUUUGCAGGAAUCUCUAGUCUUAGAGGAUAGGCUCCAAUUUAUAAAAGUUACAAUAGUUACAUAUAAAGUAUUUUCAUAUAAAGAAAAGAUACAUAAAGGAAAUAAUAUGAGGAGGUCUUUAGAAAUGCAUCCUAAUGGAUUAAGCCAGUAGCAUCAGGUUUGAAAGAAUUAUUAGUCAGUCAAUAGCUCAUGCAGUGUCAAGAAGGCAGCACGUGGGAGUACUGUUCCAGGACUAUUAUUAACCCUUUACUAGUUUUCUUGGGGACUUUUUCUGUUUAUGGUUAUUUGUGUUCCAGGGGGGUACAUAGCAAAUGAUAAACUUUUGCAGCAGAUGUUAAAACUGCAUAGCUAUUUUAAUCAAAUCAUUUUGGAAGGGAAUCCUAGGUGUGGAAAGAAUCAUUCUGUAUCUGAUCAAUGUCACUAGGAAGGACAGGCAUUGCCCUCCAGCAGCUGAAGGAACGUGAGUGUUUGCCAUGUUCCUCUCCCUGCAGCAGUCCCUUCUGAUCAUUCUCCCACUUCAGCUCCUUCCCACUACAGCCCCCCCACCCAGCAUAGCUGUUAAUCCAUCCAUGUUUCUCCCUCGACUCCGUGUAUCCUCUUUCCCAGGCCCGGAAGGGAUUGCUGGGAGGACAAGAGCAUGGGAAACGUUGUUGUUCCUUUCCUUGGUGGUAACUAGGAUCCAGCUGUCGGAAGAGAACAUGUUAGUUUGCUUCCAACAGACAUAAAAGCACCUCUGGAAGCAAAAUGCCAACUGUUGCUGCUGCUUCUCCUACCACACCGCUUUCGUUUAUGGUGGUGAGUCAAGUGCAAAAGUGUUCUCCGCUUUUCACUGAAUUUCUCUACUGUCAAUAUUGCUUUAGUUUGUAGGGUGUGGUUUCUGGUCACUUUAUUUCCAAGCCAUCUUUGUACAUUCCUGUUAACAGGUGGAGCUGUAAGCUCUAGGUAGUUAUCCUUGCCUUGUAACAUCUGAAUAUUAGUUAAUGCCAAACAUCGGAGGUACAGUUGAUUAGAUUAGUGGCACAAAGUUGUGGUAAAUUGUAGCCUGACUGUAAUCCCAAGUAAAUUUACUGAGAAGUAAAAUCAAAGUUUGCGGAAGCUGCUUCUCAGUAAACAUCUUGGAGAAUUGUGGUGACAGGUGGCCAUUGAUAAAGGCAAGCGAUCCCACCCCCCCGCCCCCGGUAAGGCCUUGGUUUGAAGCCCACAGAAUGGCCUCCAUUCUUGCAACACCCCCUUUCCACACACAGAGAGACAUGGUUGUGCAUGCACAGUCGGGUUCCUUCACAGCUUCAGCCUCCAGCUUACAUGACGCGGGCUUCAUUGCACUCUGAGAAGAUGGUUGAGUUUGCCACCUAUUAGUCUGGCAGGGAUCCUGUGCCUGUAAGUUCUGUGAAGGGCAGAAAUUUACCAUGUGCAAUGACCCAUGGCCCAGAAAUGCAGAGCAGCUGUUGAAAGCACAGGAGUUCUGCCUGGGGAGGUAAAAAGUUAAAAAAAUCUGUUGGAGAACAGCUUGGGAAGAAGUAUUUAAAAGCUCUUUUCACAGGGCUUCAUCUCCCUGACUAUCCUAUACUGCUCCUUACCAACCCAAAGGAUCUCUCCUAGGUGCUGUGUACAGGUGGGAAUUAAGGAACGUCUGGAGCAUGAUCCUUCAGAAGGGUGGCUUGCACCUGAAAUCUUUAACCAUUUAUUCUCUAGGAGUCACAAGCUAGGAGGAAGACCUCAAGAUUCUUCUCAGGCUCGUGAUGCUGAGAAGGAGUUGAGGUGUGAGCCACUUGUCUGACCAGCUAGUCCUAUUUGAGUUGGAGCAGCAAAUCCAAAAGUAAAUUAUUUGAGCUUUUGUAUCUGUAUUGUACUUCAGCUAGCUCUGUAGGGCUGUUGUUCCUUUUCCAGCAUGGAGCGCACAUGAUGUGUUCAUGUGAGUUCUCUGUGCAUGUAGAAACAGUCAAAUACAUGUGUGUGUACAACCUACACAUAGAUAUCAUGUUUCUUCCUACGUAGGAGACGUUUAUGUGCAGAUAGGAUAUAACGUGGAGUGGCCCUUAAUUUAUAAGCUAAAAACAGUUGGAAUAAAUCUUUACACACAAACACACACACACAUAUUAAAUGAAAUCAACAACGAUCUUUUCACUGAGUAAGAGUGUCAUUUUAUUGUUCUUAGAAAUGUGAUGGUUAUAUGAAUUUCAGGUUCCACUCAAUCCUUGUUUUAGCAAUAUCUUAAAAUAAAUUGUGCAAACCAA